GUGCCAAAAUAAAAUCUGCCCACAAGAAACACGAGUAACCCACCGAUAAACAAAGCCUUCACAAAUCUUUGAAGACAAAAAAAGUUUCUGGGAACUCAAGUUUUAGGCGCAAUUGCAAUUGCAGACAGUUCGCAAAUCUUGAAGCCAUGGACAAUGAUGAUACGGAUCUUCCUAUCAGGAUUAUGAACUUUGUCUCUGAAGACCAAUUAGCAGAAUCAAAACGAACCAGGGGCGAACGAGUUGAAGAUGGCACUGCCCACAGGGAUAGACCUCUCUACGAGAUUUUAAAGGAGCAAAAGGACAAGAAGGAUGCAGAAUUCAAUGAAAGGUUCAAACAUAGACCACCUAAAGCUUUAGAUGAAGAUGAAACUGAGUUUCUUGAUAAUUAUGAAACAACAAGGAGGGAAUACGAACAAAAAGUGGCAGAUGAGGAAGCACAACAAAUCCGCAGCUUUCAGGCAGCGGUUGCAGUGCAGUCCAACACUGUGCAUGAAAUUAAGGAAAAUCCCCCUUUACCCAUUGUCCAGGAAGAGAAGCCUGCAGGAAAGAGGAAUCCGGCUUCUCGUCCCUUAAGCAUGAUUAUAAAAGUCAAGCCCCAAACAAAAAAAGCCAAGGUGGAUGAAGGAAAUGCGGAAGAAGUUUCAAAAGCAAGAACUACUCCUGUGAAUGAUAACAACAAGUCUUUAGAACUGGUACAGUCAUUGAAUGGUGAAGCUGAUAAGUCCCAUGAAAUUGCCCAAACUGGCCUUGUUUCAUAUAGUGAUGAAAGUGAUGACGACUUGUAGUUUGAUGUUUGUAUGUUGAUAAAUUGCAUGAUUUUGACUAUUUAUCUCAUGUGGCCCUUAUUUUC